UGCGCAGGCGCCCGGGACCCGCGCCCGUUGGCCGGCGCCCCGCCGCCCCGGGAUCAGGGGGAGGGACGCUGGCCCCUCUGGCCGCGGGCCGCUCCGCCCCGUCGGUUGGUCCCGGUCUGUCCGUCGGUGCGUCCGGGCCUCCGGCUUCGCCCUCGCCAUGGCGCCCUGGCUGCCGCUGCUGUCGCUGCUGGGGUUGCUCCCCGGCGCUUCUCCCGCCCCGCCCCACCGAGCAGCCGACGCUCGGGCCCGGGAGGCGGCGUACCCGGAGCUACUGGGGCCCGCCCGCUUCGCCCUGGAGAUGUACAACCGCGGCCGGGCUGCCGGGACGCGGGCGGCGCUGGGGGCCGUGCGCGGUCGCGUCCGCCGGGCGGGCGAGGGGUCCCUGUACUCCCUGAAGGCGACCCUGGAGGAGCCUCCCUGCAACGACCCCACGGUGUGCCAGCUCCCGGUGUCCAAGAAAACCCUGCUCUGCAGCUUUGAAGUCCUGGAUGAGCUGGGAAAACACAUGCUGCUGAGGCGGGACUGUGGCCCAGUGGAUACCAAGGUUACAGAUGACAGAAAUGAGACUUUAAGUUCAGUCCUUCCACUGUUGAACAAGGACCCCCUACCCCAGGAUUUUUCUGUGAAGAUGGCUUCAAUCUUCAAGGAGUUUGUUACCACCUAUAAUCGGACAUAUGGGACACAGGAAGAAGCCCAGUGGCGCAUGUCUGUCUUUUCCAACAACAUGGUCCGAGCGCAGAAGAUCCAGGCACUGGACCGUGGCACAGCUCAGUAUGGGAUCACCAAGUUCAGUGACCUUACAGAGGAGGAGUUCCGCACCAUCUAUCUGAAUCCUCUCCUAAAAGAGAACCACAACAAGAUGAUGCGUCUGGCCAAAUCCAUUGGUGACCGUGCCCCACCUGAGUGGGACUGGAGGACCAAGGGGGCUGUCACCAACGUCAAGAAUCAGGGCAUGUGUGGCUCCUGCUGGGCCUUCUCAGUCACCGGCAAUGUGGAGGGCCAGUGGUUCCUAAAACAGGGGGACCUGCUCUCCCUCUCUGAGCAGGAGCUCUUGGACUGUGACAAGGUGGACAAGGCCUGCCUGGGUGGCUUGCCCUCCAACGCCUACUUGGCCAUAAAGAAUCUGGGAGGGCUGGAGACAGAGGAUGACUACAGCUACAGUGGCCACUUGCAGACCUGCAGUUUCUCUGCAAAGAAGGCCAAGGUCUACAUCAACGACUCAGUAGAGCUGAGCCAGAAUGAGCAGAAGCUGGCGGCCUGGCUGGCCAAGAAGGGCCCCAUCUCCGUUGCCAUCAAUGCCUUUGGCAUGCAGUUCUACCGCCGCGGGAUCUCCCACCCACUGCGGCCCCUCUGCAGCCCCUGGCUCAUCGACCAUGCAGUGCUGCUCGUGGGCUACGGCAACCGCUCUGGCAUCCCCUUCUGGGCCAUCAAGAACAGUUGGGGCACUGACUGGGGUGAGGAGGGUUACUACUACUUGUAUCGUGGGUCUGGGGCCUGUGGCGUGAACGCCAUGGCCAGCUCGGCCGUGGUGAACUGAGGAGCAUCAGCACAGGACCUGGUGCUGACCAGAGCAGCCCCUUCCUCAGCCUGACCUGCGUGUCCAGGCCCCUCCCCGGGAGGCACAGCUGGCUGAGUGAUGGCCACCGGCUUACCUCAGGGUGAGAAGGCACUGGGCUAGGGCAAAACCCCUACCCCUCUCCACUCCACCCCACUCCUACCCUGAAGUUCCCCAGCUGCACCUUUGUAGACUUGUGGUAGCUAGGAGGCUCUUGAGCUGAAGGAUGAUGCCCCUGCAGUUGAUGCUGGGGCAAGAACCUUGGGCUUGGAUAAGGAAUGGGUGGGAAGAAAAUAUUCUGGUCUUAAACCCAGCUCUGUCUUCAGCUGGCUCUGGCUUCCCGUCCCGGCUUUCCUCUGAUGCUAUAAAUUCCCCUGGAUUUAGGGACAGUGUUUCCUUCCACAUCUAGAGAAACUGUUGUAACUACCUUUUUCUAACAGCAAUAAAGAGGUGUCCUAGGCCCCA